UACACCCACUCACUCCCUAUAUCUUUCUAGCCGUUGCUUUCUUGCGAACGCUCUUCCCGAAGUUGCUGCAAGUUCACAAACGGAGUGGUUCAGCCAAGCCAUGCAAUUACGCGGCAGUCAUCAUGUGUUUGGCUUGCCUUGUUGGGUGGAUCUCCAGUACAUGUCCAUUGCAAGGAUCUUUUGCAUCAUCCCGUCAUUCGAUCCUUGUGUUGACAGACGGUAUUAGUCAUUCCUUUUACCAUGGCCACCACCAACAACAACAAAGACGAUGACGCCGCCGCCAUUCGGGUCUCUCUGAUUGCCGAGGUACCCUCCUCUUCUGCUUCCAAGGGCACUGUGUCAUCACCAUCGACCGGAAGACCGCCAAUCCACCCCCAAGAAGACGAACUACCGACCAGUGUUACCACAUUGGAGCAACUGAACGAUCUACCCAAGGAAUGUUUGAGUGGCGACAAGGAUCGGCCACUAAGACAUGUCGACGAAGAUGGCCAAGUCUCGCACUAUGCCCUCCAACCAAUGACUUAUGCCGUCAUGUUCAUUCUCGUCGUGGAACUACUGGAACGCUUCUGUUUCUAUGGAGUCAACUACACCCAGACGGCCUACUUGACUGGAUCCUACAAUGAAGAUUGGAAUGCCGACAUGACGGCCGUAGAAGCAUCCAGUUAUGUCGCCGUGUCGGUCGGCGUGGCAUACACUACACCCUUUCUAGGAGCAUUCCUGGCCGAUUCCGUGCUAGGAGACUUUUACGGACUCUUGGUCGGAUCCCUCUGCUUUUAUCUGCCGGGCCUUAUUCUGAUUGCCCUCACUACCAUUCCGGGACUGCUGGGAACGGAAUUCAACUCGGCCGCGCUCAAGGUGGGAUUCAUUGGUUUGUGGCCCGUCGGAACGGGGAUUGUCAAGGCCAUUGUCAAUGUCUUUGGAGCCAAACAGUUUCAUCCUCUCCUGCAAUCCUCUCUUAUUGAAUCAUACUAUGUAUCCUUCUACAUGUGCAUCAACAUUGGAGCUUUGGUCGGAGGAGUCUUGGUACCCGUAUUGGCACAAAUCAAUGUCACUCAGGCAUACUUUUUGCCCGUUGCCAUGCUGGGAUUUGCCGUCAUUUGCUUUCUCAGUGGAUCCAGCAAGUAUGUACGAUCCAAACCAAAGGGGGACCUCUGCAGUGGCAAGAAGAAAAAAGCCAAAAAACUACUCCCGUCGUUGGACAACUCCAACAAUAAAAAGCUCAGCUUGUGGACCGUCUUUUCCAUUUCCAUGCUCAUUGUCCCCUUCAACAUUGCCUAUGCACAAAUGUCCACCACAUUCAUUGUACAAGGAACCGUCAUGCAACAAGUGGGAUUCAUCGAUGCAAGUUGUAUGAACAAUGCCGAUGCCAUUAGUGUCUUGUUCUUUGGUUAUGUCAUUGGACAAAUGCUAUAUCCGGCACUCGCCAAGAGGGGAAUCAAGCUAGCGACAACUCACAAGUUUGCCAUUGGAUCCAUGUUUGGAGUGAUGGCCAUUGGUUGGGCUCUAUUGGUCGACUAUAUCAUUCACUAUUACUUCCAAACAACGGGUGAAAAGGUCACGGUCAUGUGGCAGGCUCCUUCCUACAUCUUGAUUGGAAUUGGAGAGAUCUUUGCAGUGUCCAGUGCCUACGAAGUGGCUUUCUCGGCAUCCCCGCCGGAACAGAAAGCUUUGGCCAGUGCGACCAACUUGUUUUGUGUCGGAGGUUUGCCCAAUUUCUUUUGUAUCGUUUUGUACCGUGCCUGCAAGACGUGGUUCCUCAAUUCACAUGGUAUAGCGUCCUUGCAUCGAUUGGAAGAUUAUGCCGAUGCUCAUGUUUGGAAGUACUUUUUGGUAUUGUUUGGAAUUGCCAUCUUUGGAGUCAUCCUCAACUUGUCGGGCUUUGUCCAGAGCUUUGUCGAGUCUGUCGAAGAAACGGCAGCCGAAAUGGUCAAGACGCCCUUAUUGACAAAGCCGAAACGGCACCAACGCAUGGACUCGUGGGACUUUUCCGAUGCCAAAAAGGAAGAAAUGUCACCGCUACUACGUGCCAAGCGACACCAAGCUUACCUCAAGUACGGAAGUGGUCCAGUCCUCAACCGAAAUGGUUCCAUGCGUGCGGGACCUGCGUUGGCACAGCAAGGCAAAAAGGCCAAGAAAGUCAAACGAAAGGAUAUUGCCAGGCUUUACAACAGUGAAACGGCGUUGCCUCCCGUGAAAGUUGUCAUGAGUCCAUCGGGACGACCCUUGCAAGCCGGCAAUCUACAUCAAAUCGACGAAGCGGCGACAAUGACUCGGUCGCUUUCGAAUCCAGACAUGGCAUAGGAAUUUGCGCACGCACCAAUCGAAUCGAAUCAAGAAAGGUCACCAAGACCAACUAGCUAGAUAUUGCAAAACCCCGAUGCACUUUUAGAGUACAAAUACAUUCUUUUCAGCACCACAUGAGUGGCUACCGUUGCACUUCGAGGGAGCGAAAUUGCAA